AUGGGUUAUACGAAAUUGUCCUUAUUAGACCAAGUAAACAACAUGAAUUUCUUAAAACAGAUUAUACCAAAUAUUAUCAUUCCUCCUUCUACUUCCCCUUCUUCAUCUUCACCUUCUCCACCUUCAACAACAACAAUGGGAACAGGAACAAAUUUACAUUCCCCUUCAAAAUCACAAAAGAACAAUCGUCAUAGUCAAGAUAUAACUAACUCAUCGCCAUCACCUAAUAAUAAUAAUAAUAAUAAUAAUAACUCUACCUAUUAUAUAGAACAUACAGAUGAAUGGGUCAAUACAUUCUAUACGACAUGGGGAGAAUCGAUUGUGUAUCGAGGGUACGUCUUGUCAAAGAAAAAGAGUGAGAACAAGUGGACAUCAUCGAUCCUCGUAAUCACAAACUAUCACUUGGUCUUGUUUUCAGAGGGAAAGGAAUUGACAAAGAAAAUACCAAAGGAUUUUCAUUUAUAUGAUAUUAAGAAAUUAAAGAAUAAGGCUGAUUAUGAGUUGACAAUAUUAUUUCAAAAAGGUAAACAAAAAAGUAAAGUUACAUUCAAAACUGAACAAUUACAUUAUGUAUUGUCGGUGAUUAGACGGUUAUUACAUUUUGUCAAUGGAGAGCAUUGCGCAUCGGAUUUGGUGAUAUCGGUCAAGGGAGGGUUACCACCCAUCGAGAUACGAAAGGACAAUACACCGGCUGACGAGUUUAGCGAUCUCUAUAGAGGAUGGUGUGCAUACUUUCAAACAGAGACCAGUCAACCUUUAAUCAAUCACAUACAAAAAGCGAUUGCUUCAGCAACCAAAGAGAUUGAUUUGUCUGGUGACUCUAUCCAAACGAGUGAUAUAUCUGAUAUUUCAUUUGACCCCAUUCCAUUGCUACACGCAAUCAAACACAGCACUCAUUUCUCAUCGAUUGUUAUGAAGGAUCUUAGAAAAGAUUCGGUUGUCAAGGCAAUGGCCGAUGUUAUCUUGCAUAAUCAGACACUCAAGAAACUGGUGAUGCGAAAGAGUCAAAAUGAAGCAUUGCAAAACAUAUUUCUUCACAUGUCUCUCAACAAAAAGAACUCGAUUCAAAUAUUGGAUAUUGGGGACAACCCAUCGCUGUCAAACAAGUCAAUCACCUCUCUCAUCAAUUGUAUACUCACUUUUAAUCAUUCUCUUACCUAUCUCGACAUUUCAAAUUGUUCGAUACCCGCCAAGAUGAUGGCUUCCUUUUUCGAAUCACUUGAAAAGAAUUUUGGCAUGUCUCUUACCAUCGAGUACUUGAAUGUAUCAUACAACAAAUUUGAUGAUUCUACAAAUCAUUCAUUUUCAAAUUGGAUCAUUAAAUCAAAAGGUUAUUUAAAAUUAAAACAUUUAUUAUUAAAUUCAACGGGAAUAUCGUUACCAAGUUUCUAUUCAAUUAGAAAUCUUGGAUCAUUGGAACAUUUGGAUAUUUCAAACAACAAGAUAGAGUUUGGUGAGUUGGACAAGAUACUGCCGGUGCUUGCACUGCCAUCAUUGUAUCAUUUGGAAUGUAACAAUUGCUCGCUUGGCAAAGAGGUAUUGUCGUUGAUCUUUUGCAAGAUGACCGAUAAAAAGGUAUUGUCACACAUUGAGUUGGUCGGAUUGAAUCUUACCAACGAAGAAAACUGGGACAUGUUAUUCAAUGCAUUGGCCCUCUUUAAAGACACUACCAAUCCAAUCAAGAUACUCAACCUCAAAAACUUGCGAGCCAAUGAAAAGACUGUCAUCCCAUUACUCAACAUGUUGGCCGAGAUCAAAGUACAAGAGUUGAAUCUUGAAGGUCUGUCUAUUAUCUAUCCAUCGGCCGCACCAAAUAAUCAAACUUCUUCACUCGAUCAUUCAAUCUCUGAUUUGGAUCUAUUGAAUAGUUCCGGUACUGGUAAUGGACCAAUAUUGAUUCAAUCAGGUGUUGGUUUAGUUAAAGAAUCCUUGGUAAAUACUUUGUCGAGUAGUGGUGGUGGUGGUAAUGGAGGUGCAAAUGGAAGUGGUGGUAGUAAUAGCUUGGCAAGUAGUUCUGAGCGUGUAUCUGGUAAUAACAAUAACAACAACAAUAACAACAACAAUAAUAGUAAUGGCAACAACUCUACUACUAUCAACUUGGACAAACUACAACAACAACAACUCAAUAACAACUUGUCGCCAACUAGCAAGUUGAAUCUUACUAUUAGUGGCGAUGACAUUAACGCACUCAACGAGUCGAAUAAUGGAUUGCUGGGAGACAACACAGUCACCUUUAGAACACAGUUUAUCAAGGCGUUGCAAAAGAUCUACAUGAACGCAGAGUUAAAGUCACUCAAUAUAUCGAAUAUUGGUAGAAUCAUUAUUAGUUUGAUGCCUGCAUUGCACAAAAACAGUUCGGUCACUUCACUCGACAUUUCACGUAAUGCGUUGGGUGAUCAGGGCGCCGUCUGUCUCGCCGCGGCGUUGUCGAGUAACCGCAGCAUCCUGCAGAUCAACUUUGACGGCAACAGUAUGACCAAUGUGGGGUGGAGCGAGAUACUCGUGGCACUCAGCGAGAUGGGCAAGUCGCUCAACCAGCUGUCGCCGUCUCUCAUCCCACUCAUCACAAGUCACUCACAUUUACACUCUGUAGUCCACCCACGCCAAGAUUUUGAACGUUUAAUUGUGCAGACAGAGGACAUUAACCGCAGAACAGCCAUUUAUCUGUUAAUGUCACGACUACAAAUGGCAUUGAUUGCCAACGGCAGUCUACACUAUAGCGACCGAAAGAACUACUCUAACAAACUGCCCAUUGGAUUUGUCUCGACUUUGAGACGUGAUAUAUUGCCUGUGUAUCCAUCGAUCCCAUCAGUAGUAUACCCUAUCACACCUAUACCGCGUGAAAUCCUUUCCAACUCUGGUCCAUCCACCACCCACCACAAAUCGAGUAAGCUCGGCGGCGAUGGACACCACCACACUAACCCAAUGUCUGCUAUCACAUCGUUCCUUAAGCAGUCUUCCAAGAGUUCCAAAUCAUCGUCAUCGUCGACAUCCUCCUCGUCCUCGUCGGCAACCACUGUCAAUGUGCAGAACCCACAAUUGAUAAGUCAAAGCAACAACACUCAAACAACCGUCACCAUCACUCAAAUCAACCAACAACAAUUAAAGUUACAACAACAAAAACAACUCCAACAACAAGAAAAGGAACGAGAAAAAGAACGAGAAAAGGAAAGAGAAAAGGAACAAAAGAAGGAAAAGGAGGAGGCAAAGAAGAGCAAGGAUGAUAGUACCAACACUACAACCACUACACAAAAAAAGACAUCACCCAAUAGUCUUAGAACAUCCUACAUUGAAUCACCAAAUACAUCAAAGGUAGACCUCAGUCUCAGUGCCAUCCAUCAUAUUAUUCAUCACCAACACUCAGCAUCUGCACGAAACUCCCCAAUCCCAUUUAACCUUCAACUAGGUGACCAAAAGAACAAUAGUGGUAGUUUGCCACCAGUCCGUUCCCAAAAACAACAAUACCCAUAUAUACCAGAUUUUGUAAAGAUUAAUGAACAUGGACAACAAGAACAACAAGAACAACAACCAUCAUCUGAAAUUUCAGAUGGAGGAGAAUCAUUUGGUGUUACAAAUCAACAAUUAUUGGAUGCAAUCUUUCAUUUGGAAACUGCUACUAGUUAUGCAGUGCAAAAGGCUAUUUGUACAACUCCACCUCGUAGUCCAAACUCUCAUAGUCGAACUAAUAGUGGAGGUAGUGGAGGUAGUGGAGCAGAUGAUCCAUCAUCCAUCACACCUGUCAAAUCCAACAACAAUAUCAACCACAACAACAUAUAUACACCUUCGUCAUCAUCAUCGUUGGAGAGAAAGUCAUUGUCUAUUUCUUUACCCUCAUCACCAGUUACAAGUACAUCACCCAAUCAAGAAUGUGAAUCACCUAGUAUAACUUUAAAUGGAGCCGAUAUAUCACCUCCAUCACCUAUUGUCAUUAACAACAAUCCAACCAACAUCACCUCUUCAUCUAGUCCAUCUGGAUCUAAAUCCAAUAGUAAUAGUACUAGUCCAACAUCUUCAUUUGGUAAUUUACCAACAACAACAACUGCUGGAAAACCACCAUCUCCACAACACAACCAACAACAACAACAACAACAAAGUCCAAGUACAACCAAGAAAUCAUCCAAAUCAUCAUUAACAUUUGCAAGUAGUGCAAACAACUCACCCAACACAUCAUUGGAUGAAGAAGGAGUCAAAAAUGCAUUAUUUAGACCUGCCUUUAAAAGAGUACGUAGUCAAUCUGUCAUUGUUGCACCAACAGUCACAGAACCACAUAACACAUCACCUCAAAACACAUCAACUUCUAGUUUAGGAGGUUAA